AUGCUUCUCAUGACCAGCUCGUCACGGGAAUUAAAGCCCGACCCGCUGAAACUCUCAAUACUGGAGACGGGAGACCUCUGCCUGCGUUCUAGACAAGCCGCAAAGCCGCUGCCAUCGUGUAAACUUCACAUCCACUCCGUUGCAAACGGCGCCGGUCGAGAAAUCAGCCUCCAGAUCCAGACCUAUGGCGUCGACGGCGCUGACUGUGGCUUUUCUCAGCUUCUGUUCGGACCCGAGCCUGACACGUUCCCCGCCAAGAUAUUCCUCUACUCAUCGCGUCCUCCUCAAGCUGGAGAGACUGGUCUGCUUUCAAUCUCGCCACCAAACUUUCCCACCAACCAGUAUCCGCCGUUGUUCACCUGGCACACGCCCGCAGCAGGAUCCUAUUUCCAUCAACCGCGGUACGGGUAUCCGUAUAGACUCGCUCACAUCCUCACCGGCAACCCGUGCGGGGGCCUGCACCCCCCGGAAGCUUGCUGA